AUGUCCUUGUCUGCUUUNCAGUUCGCAUCACCUGUACAGGUAGCAUUCGCCUUGGGGUGUAUUACAUUCUCGAUUUCUCACGCGCUUGGACGUAUCAGUGGUGCGCACCUCAGUCCAAUGGUCAGUCUCGGCUUGUUCCUUAUUUGCGGCAUGAGUGUACUAAGUGUCAUUGGCUAUAUUUUUGCUCAAUUUCUUGGUGGCUUAGCGGCAAUCGGAAUUAUUUCUCUAUCACUUAAUGAGGAAAUGUACAAGGAUAAUCGCACCAUAAGACCGAUGAUGGGUGCUUCAUAUUUAGAGAUAUGUAUUGUCGAGGGUUUAGCGUCCUUUAUUUGGAUCGUAACGGUAAUUGUGACUACCGAGCGACGUCAUGAAGAUGCUUACGGAAACGGCUCGUUUUACAUUGGUCUUACUGUUUUUGGGGCUUAUCUGAUUGCCAUGAUUGGCUCCGGUGGAGGCGUCAACCCGGUGCGUUCUGUGGCUGCAUCAAUUCUUGAGAAUGAAUGGGAAAAUCAUUUAUCCUACUGGGUAGGUCCCAUAGCAGGUGCUAUUUUAGCUGCAAUUAUAUAUUAUUGCUGUUCAGGUACUCUCAAACACAGACAUAUUUACAGAUUAACAUAGUGUUUAUUUAAA